AAAAAACGGAAAAGAAAAGGAGGCAGGCGAAUUGCUCAACGGAACGGCGCGAGAGGGAGAGAGCGGUUGCGUUGCCAGCAACAGCAGCGGCAGGCAGAGCCGACGGCUAUAAUGGUGGGAGAGAGAAACCAGACAGAGCGAGAAAGAAACCACCACGACCCUCUCUGGUAGGAGAGAGAGAGAGAGAGCAACGGAACAAGAAGGCACGGCCAGCGAGAGAGAGAGAGAGAGAGAGGGGGCGCGACGGUUGCCAAGAGGAGCGAGCGAACCAACGGCAGGCAUCGCCGCGGCGCUCGAGGCAGGAAACGACGGGAGUAGCAGCCAUGGUGGUGGGCUUGCCUUGGGAGUCGUGACCGCGCGGUUGAUUGAUUGAGAGAUGAAGGUAUCCAAGAAGCAGCAGCCGCAAGGAGGGAAGGAGGAGGAGGAGGAGGCCAUGGCCGCCGCCGCCGGAGCGGCGAUCCAGGCGGAGGAAGGGUGCUCCGCGGAGGAGAGCCAGGACGGGGCCGUCGCUGCCGUCGCCGGUGGGAUGGACGGCGGCGAGGGGGAAGGCAGGACGCUGCUGGUGGGCGUGCAGGCGGACGCCGCGAGCCGGACGCUGCUGACGUGGACGUUCAUCAAUGUCGCCGCCCCCGGCGACCGCAUCGUUGCCGUCCACGUCGUGCUGGCCUCCGCGCCGGGGGCGGCCACCGCUGUCGACUUCGACACCAUGCUCGCCGUCUACGAGGGCUUCUGCAAUCUCAAGCAGAUCAAUCUAAAGCUGAAGAUUUGCAAGGACUCCUCGGUCCGCAAGGCGCUGGUUCGCGAGGCCAACUUGUUUGGGGCUUCCAAGGUUAUCGUCGGCAUCGCCAAGAAGAAGCGCGGAAUUUCGUCCGUGCAUUCUGUCGCCAAAUACUGCUCAAAGAAGCUGCCGGCGAAGUGCGCGGUGCUCGCCGUGGACAGUGGCAAGAUCGUCUUCCGGAGAGAAUCCAAUGUCCACUCAGGCAAGGUCUCCGCGGAGCUUCCUGGCUGUGGUGAUAAUGAGAUGUAUUGCGAGAUGCCGUUCCUGGCCCGUCACUGUAAAGAGGAACCUUUACCUUUAAAUGAACCCAAAGAUGGUGGUGGUGGGGGCGAGGAAGAAGAGCAUGAUGUUGGCACAAAGGGCACCCAGCCGGUGAACAACGUCUCCGGAGAACAGCAGCCUUCCGGUGCAGAUCCGGCUGAGUUGCCGCGAGAUCAGGUUCGGGCUGAUGUCGGUCCAUCUGACAAGGGCGAAGAGUUGACUGCCGAUCAGAAAGAUGAGAUUUCUGAGCUUCCUGGUGAGGGUGCUAGCGUUUUGUAUUGUGUGUUGCCAGAGAGGAAUGGUCAUUCAGCUGCAAGCACUUCAAGUCGGCAAUCCGGUGAUUUGGCCGAGCCACCAGCUGAAGGGGAUGGGGAACUGUACUGCAUUUUGCCCCCAAGAACUGGCCAUUCAGGCAGGAGUAGCGGCGAUUCUAGCCGUUCAACUGUGAGUCUGAAGCACGAUGAUUCUGCCACUCUGUCAGCUGAAGCAGACGGUGAACUGUACUGCCGGUUGCCAAGAACUGGCCGUUCAGGUAGAAGUUCUGGGGGAUCCAAGCGUUCCUUCAGUGCAAAGGGUUUGAUUAGGCGCAGCAGUAGUUUCUCCAGUGAUAUUCAAUUGAAUUCGGAGACAUCACCCAGCAAGAAGGAUGGCUCAGUUUGCGCGAUUGCAACUGAACGGACUUCAUCCAUGGUAUCUACAGAAGCUGAGGAUUCACCAAAAAACGCUGCGCAGAAUGUCGAUACACCCUCUAGCUCUCCAUUGUCUCUAAGAAGGAUGAUAGAGGGAAGGCCUGACCGAUGUCGACUUCGAAGGAGGAUCUUCAAUCAUCAAAGAAGCUCAUCUUUCGAAUGGGCCAAAAUUUCCAUGGUUCAAUGGGCAAUGAGGCUUCCAAGCCGUUAUACUUCAGUUUCAGACAAUAAAUCAUUGAAAUCAGAUGCAAGUCCAAGAUUGAAUUGUGAUUCUGAGUGUGAAUCCACCUCAGCUGUUGACACGGAAUCUUUAUUUUCGUUCUCUUUAUAUGAUAUGGCAUGGCCUCCAAGUGAACUAGAAUCACUUCAAGAGAAGUCCUCUUCAACGUGUAGGCUGUUCACCUAUGAAGAGCUGAAACUUGCUACGUCAAACUUCUCACAAGAUAUGUUAAUUGGAAAGGGAGGAACAAGCCAAGUUUACAAGGCACUGCUAUUUGAUGGCACAUUAUCAGCUGUUAAGAUUCUGAAACCUUCUGUUGAUGCACUACAAGAGUUUAUCACAGAAGUGGAGAUUGCUACCAGUUUGCAGCAUGACAAUAUUGUCUCACUAAGAGGAUUCAGUUCUGAUAACUACAGUCUUGUGUUAGUAUAUGAUUACAUGCCCCAGGGAAGCUUAGACAAAGCACUUCAUGGCAAGCAUGAAAGCAAGGAUAGCCUUAGCUGGGAGAAGAGAAACAACAUAGCAAUUGGGACAGCAAAAGCACUUGAAUAUCUUCAUCAUGGAAGUGUCACCCAAUCUGUGAUUCAUGGAGAUGUCAAAUCUUCAAAUAUCCUCCUCUCAGAGGAUUUUCAGGCACAGCUUUGUGAUUUUGGGUUGGCAAAGCAAGUGUCAACUUCAACUCCCCACCUAACAUGUACUGACAUCACGGGAACUUUCGGAUACCUGGCCCCCGAAUAUUUUUCACAUGGGAAGGUCAAUGAGAAGAUUGAUGUGUAUGCAUUUGGAGUUGUAAUACUGGAGAUUAUUUCAGGAAGAAAGCCUAUUAGAACAGGAUGUGCAAAGGGUCAGGAAAGCCUGGUUGGAUGGGCAAAGCCGCUACUAUCAAAUGGGGAAAUUAAGCAAUUGGUUGACCCCUUUCUGGGAAAUGAUUAUGACUGUGAUGAAAUGGAGCGGAUGACUCUCGCUGCUUCGCUAUGCACAAGGACAUCUUCUCAUUCCCGACCUGAAAUGUCACAGAUCUUGAAACUGCUUGAAGGAGACGACGAGACGAUCCACUGGGCACGGUCACAGGUCACCGCUAGCUUCGACGGAUCAGACGAGGAGGCUGUUGCUCCUGACUCAAACAUGCAGUCACACCUGAACCUUGCGUUGCUCGGCGUGGACGAUGACACCCUCUCGCACUGCAGCACUGAACAGACCAUGGACACUUCAGCUGACGGGUACUGGAGCCGGUCAUCGAGCUUCGACUAACCUACUUCUUUCUUGACAACCAUUGUUGCAAGCCAUACGAAUGGAGCUGUGUGUAUAGUUAGUUUCUCAAUUCUCAUACCUUCUUUGUUGUCGAUUGGUUGGAAUGUUGAAUGCAAUGGAAAGUGAAAUGGAGUGAGAGGAU